ACUUUGGCGCUGACGUGGCGGGAACGAAAACAGGGUUUGGGUAUCAGGAUGCGGCGCGCAGGCCUAGGCGAAGGCGGGCCGUCCCCCGGGCACCACGGCUAUGCGGCCAGCGGCUACAGCUCCUUGGAGGAGGAGAACGCCCGGCUGACCGAGAGCCUGCGCACCAAGGUGACCGCCAUCAAGUCGCUUUCCAUCGAAAUCGGACACGAAGUGAAGCAUCAGAACAAAAUGUUGGCGGAAAUGGACUCAGAAUUUGAUUCGACCACCGGUUUCCUGAGCAAGACCAUGGGGAGGCUGAAGGUCCUGUCCCGGGGGAGCCAGGCCAAGCUCCUGGCCUACAUGGCCCUUUUCUCCUGUUUUGUCUUCUUUGUCAUUUAUUGGAUCAUUAAACUGAGGUGAUGCCAGCG